AUGAAGAAGGUCGAGGAAAUGCAAGAACGAGCUGCCAAGAAACAUAAACAGGAAGAUCAAGACAAUGAAGAGGAAUCGGACGGGUCAUUAGAAGCAGACUUCCUUUUCAACGACCCUUGUACAGAAGACAGAGAUGGAAUACUCGCAAUAAUCCAGGGUUGUCUGAAGAAGGUGCCCUGGGAGCCUACUAAGGAUUGUACCGAUACCACUUACGGUAUAUUGGCACAACUAAUUGCGGAACAAAUGAACCUGGGCACGCUCAUCAAAAACGAUGAUAAUGACGCAUAUGUCCUCGCUGUGCUAUCUAUACUAAAUAUCAAGAUGUAUGAGGAUCUGAAAGCUCUAAGCGAUGUUUUUAUAGCACUUACAAAACAACAUGGUUCACGACAGGAUCUGGAGACCAUGACCAAGAUACUAGGUGAAGAACGAAACCAGAUAGGGUUAUUGGUCAACGAAAGAUUAGGUAAUAUACCCACGCAACUUAUUGGAAACCUCCAUCAAUGUGUAUACGACGAUCUCCAAUGGUCUCUGGAGAAUGCGGAUGAUGAAGAUGAACUGAGGUUCUACAAGUUUACCCAUCUAGUGGGCAUGGGACGUGUAUUUACUGAUAACUCCAAGAAUCUGGAAGCAGAGAACAUGGUAUUCGUCAAACCGGAGGAAAGGUUCUAUUUUAAGGAAGCCGUUGUUAAAUUCAUGUGGAACACUGGCGAAUCUAACAAGAUCGAUUUCUAUGAAGACAAUGACGAGAGUAAGCCUGCAAAGACUAAGGUACUGCCGGAGGCAAUGAUGCUUUAUUGUAUCCCUAUUAACAAGUACAAGGGCAUAGUACGGCGAAUUGCGGAAACUUUUGCGCAAACCGCGUGA